AUGCUAAGGACCAGCUUUGGCUCAAGGUUGUUGUCAACGUCGAGAAAGUCUGUCUCGGUUGUGGGAUCGGGGCCUUCAGGCUUUUACACGGUAUGUCGUCUAUUAGCGAAAUCGAAAGAAUCCUUGGAUGUGACACUUUGGGAAAAGCUUCCCGUUCCAUUUGGUUUAAGCAGAUAUGGAGUAGCCCCUGAUCACCCAGAGGUCAAGAAUUGUGAAGAUACGUUCACUCGAUGUGCUGAAGAAUUCCAAACCGAAAACGCUGCAGGCCACAAGUUUCGCUUUAUUGGAAAUGUUGACAUCGGAAAAGACAUAAAACUUAAACAGCUUUUAGACUGUCAGAACGCGGUUAUAUUGAGUUAUGGAUGCGGCGGAGAUCAUAAACUUAACAUUCCAGGCGAAGACACGACCAACGGUGUUUUCACGAGCCGUGAGGUGGUGAGUUGGUAUAAUGGACAUCCCAGUUUCGCGGGGAACGAAAAGCUCAAUAACUUUGACUGGUCGCGUGUUAAAAGAGUUGGCAUUAUUGGAAAUGGAAACGUUGCGCUGGACUUAGCCCGUAUCUUGCUCAGUAAUCAAGUCAGUGAAAUUUGGGCACAAACAGACAUUAACCCACUCGCGCUCGAAAAAUUGCGUACAGCGCCUAUUGAAGAAGUCAAGCUUAUUGCCCGCCGCGACUUCCUGCACAGCAAAUUUACAAACAAGGAGUUUCGUGAAUUGUGGGAACUGGAGCGCUUUGGGAUUCGAGGUGUUAUUCGGCCAGAGUUCCUUAAUUUGCAUAAGCUGGGCGAGGCCAGCUCAGACAGAGUGCUAAAGCGCCGCAUUGAGAUGAUCACCGAGUACAUGCUACCUUUCGACCAGCGCACAAAGAAGAACUACAAAAAGCAUCGUCCCCCUGAGCACGGCCUUAACAGGCAAUGGGAGAUGGACUAUCUUAAGACCCCAAUAAAGGUCAACUGCAAUGCGGCAGGAAAACUGAAUUCCUUAACCGUGUGUGAUAACAAGAUGACUGUAGACAACCGUGUUGAGCUUCUUUCCAACCAGACUCAGGAUUAUGAACUCGACGUGCUUAUAACCUCGCUUGGAUAUGGAAGCAAUCCACUCGAUGAAUUCAAAUCUCUCGAUAUCGGAUUUGUAAGAAAUCACGUUGCGAACAGCCGAGGCGCCGUGCUAAAUACCGAAAAUGAGGUGAUUCCAGGCCUUUAUGCUGCGGGCUGGAUCCGCAAAGGCAGCAGCGGGGUAAUAGCUUCUACUAUGGCCGAUGCUUUCGAAGUUGCGGACACUGUAUUACAAGAGCUAUCGACUUUCCAGCCACGAAAAAACUCCGCCAUUGAUGUCGCGCAUCACACUUUUACGACGUGGAACGAUUGGCUAAAGCUUGAUGCCGAAGAGCGCCGAAGAGGGCGAGAGCAGGGCAAGCCUAGAGAAAAGUUUCUGUCUGCAGAUGAAAUGCUCGAGUUUCUGAACAAGAAGUGA